UUCACCUCGCCUACCCCUUCCCCAGCCAAGUGUUAAACUCUAGUAAUUAUGAGAUGGAGGCUUAUCUGUCGUGGCUUAUCUCCAUAGCAUCCGUAUCUUAUCUCCCUGUCGCGUGAUAAUCUGCUAUCGAGGCCCCAGAUUCCUUCGGCGUGUCGCAUGCGUGUCGCUUGCUAAGCUGUCACAGGCUUGUCGCACACGCCGUCGCCAUGUCGCAGCUGUCCGUCGUGCUUGCGACGGCGGGUUACGACCACACGAUCCGAUUCUGGGAAGCCACGUCGGGUCAAUGCUACCGCACGAUUCAGUACGCCGAAUCGCAGGUGAACCGCAUGGAGAUCAUGCCGGACAAGAGAUUCCUUGCUGCGGCUGGCAACCCCCACAUCCGGCUGUUCCAGAUCGACUCCAAUCAACCACAACCGGUCAUGAGCUAUGACGGCCACACCAACAACGUGACGGCAGUGGGCUUUCAGUGCGAUGGGCGGUGGAUGUACUCCGGCUCUGAGGACGGCACAGUCAAGAUCUGGGACCUCAGAGCCCCACCGCUAUACCAACGGGAUUAUGAGAGCCGAGCAGCGGUGAACACGGUGGUGCUGCACCCUAACCAGACAGAGCUGAUAUCGGGCGACCAGAAUGGCAACAUCCGAGUGUGGGACCUCACAGCCAACGCGUGCAGCUGCGAACUGGUACCGGAGGUGGACACCGCGAUAAGAUCGGUGGGAGUGAUGUGGGACGGCAGCAUGGUAGUGGCAGCGAACAACAAGGGCACGUGCUUUGUGUGGCGACUCACCUCAGGCUCACAGACAGCAGCCAGCUUCGAACCUCUGCACAAGCUACAGGCGCACAACAGCUAUGUGCUCAAGUGCCUGCUCUCUCCUGAAUUCUCUGACCCCAACAGGUACCUCGCUACAGCAUCGGCAGACGGCACAGUGAAGAUAUGGAAUGCGGAUGGUUUUACCCUAGAGAGAACGCUUACAGGCCAUGCAAGAUGGGUGUGGGAUUGCGUAUUUUCCAUCGAUGGGGCCUACCUCGUAUCAGCAUCGUCAGACGGCACGUCUCGCCUGUGGGAGCUGGCCAGUGGGAACUGCGUGCGGGUGUACCAGGGGCACCAGAAGGCUGUUGUGUGCUGUGCUCUGAAUGACGGCACGGACCUCCCGCCCUCGUGACAGGGCAAUAUGGCACUGAUAGACAGCAAGCAAACCAGAGGAGCAACUGAGUGAGUGUGUAGUGUGCCAGGGGCACCAGAAGACCGUUGUGUGCUACUGUGCCCUGAAUGACGGCACUGACCUGACCUCCUAAAGCAGGACAUGCUUCGCAUUCCGUGCAGUGGAGCAUCUGUGCAGGUGUACCAGGUGUCAAAACAUAUAUGUACAUGUCUUAUAGGCUAGAUAGGUGCGUACUCUCAGAGAGUACAAUCCCUUAGCACAAAAGCACCUUGUAUCUCUCAUUCUAGUUAACUUUCUAACUCUGAGAUGGUAUCAUGCGCUAGGUUAGGUCCUCCCCGCCCACCCACGCUUCCGCCCUAGUCUUAGCCCUAGCUGUCAAACAUAUAUUGUUAUGUUUGUAUAGAUUGUCUAGGUUUGUGUCUUAGAGGGUACAGCGUCUAGGUUAUA